AGUUUUUCUUCUCGUCGACGAAAAAAAAGAAAAAUCAAAUGAAAAAAACCUUUUUUCCUCAUCUAAGUGAAGUGAUUAAACAAUAAAAAGUUAUUCAAAAGAUUAUAAAAACUCUAAUUAAAUAAAAAAUGUGAUUUUUCGCGAAGAAAUAAACAAAAAAAGAGGAAAACUUCAACAAGAAACUUUUCCCUAAAUAGCUGACAUAUUUUUGUCGUGUCUUUUCUUUUAUUGCUAAUUCUAUGCGUGAAAACUUUUUGUUUUAAAUGGCUCCAGCAAAACACCCGAAUAAUAAAACCGGGACCGUUCCAAAACACACACAAUCGGGAUCCUCUUCGUCGUCGUCGAUGAUCGAAACAUCGCCAGCCAGAAGUUCAAGUAAAUCCUCGAAGCAGCACAUAAAUUUGCAAUCGAAAAUCCAAAGAACAAAUGGAAUCGACGGUGGAGGAGGUUGUCAUGGUGGAGGGGGUGGUCAUAGGGAUAGAGAUAGGAAUGGGGCAGGAGUGGUGCAGCAGACUAUGUCAAACCUGCCAGCACCACCUGCCACCCAUGCAACUCAUGCCACAACAACCAUAGUUCCGCAAUCCGGGGGAAUUGGGGCAGUAGGAGGAGCAAUGUCGAAUGCAUAUGCGUUGCGGAAGAAUACAGAAAUUGUUGCACCCAUCCGCAGGGAGCUCAAGGAUUUGAAUGAUUACUUUUUGUCGGUUACGGAAUCAUCACAAUCGUCACAGCUACCCAGCGCCAAGAGACAGAACCAUCAUUAUCAUCAUCGUCAUCAGCCGCCGGUGACACCAUUAGCUGCAGGACCACCAAAUAAUUUGGAUAGUACAACGUGCUUUGAAAUUGAUCAUUUUCCAGACAACCAACGUUCUUGCUAUCCCGUCCGUCCAAUACCCCGACGAACAAGUCAAACUCGUGAUAACGAUACAUUUCAUUACCACAAUCAUUCAUCUUGUGGCGUUCCUAGUAACAACAACAACAAUAAUAACAACAACAACUCCGCCAACGCCUGUAACAAUACCAAUCAAGCAGCAACUGUUGGAGUUGUUAAUCCAACAACACUUGGCAUAACCAACGACGACUCACAAUCACACAUCAAUCAAAGUAGCAAUCGACAUUCAACAAAUCCAUUUGUAAGAUAUCGACAAGCAGGACAUCAAGGACAACAUCAACAACAACAACAACAGCAAGUAAUUCAAGAUCAACAAGUGACAGCAGUUAAUAACGACAUUGCUGAAAUUGACGAAUUAUUACUUCAGCGAUAUAAAUACAUUCAAUAUUGCAUAAAGUUGGCAAAUAAGCAACAAAAUAAAAAUAAGGACAUCAUGGUGAAUGAAAACAAUGAUAAUAACGACAUCAUUGUCAAUUCGACAAGUUUGGAAGAUGUUGCAGCAAGUGAGACAAGUGAACGUGCCCAAUCGGUCACAAGCAUUCACAGCACUGCCGAACCAGCUUCACCAACCUAUGAAGAUCUCCAAAGUCGUCUCGAAGCUUCUACACGAAACAUUCAGAACAUGAAGGAACAACAAGCUCAACUGAUUCGACUUCAAGAUCAAGCUAAACAACAUCUCGCCGAAAUGGAAUCGCUUCGCAGCAACACAACCCCCCUGUUGCGUGGAGCCGUUGGCCAAAAUGGGGCUCCUGACUAUGAGACAAUCGAUCAGGUUCAUACCGAUAUGUCUUCUCUGGUGGGUCGUAUGAAGAAUUUGACCACAUUCAUUGCGGGACAAAAUGAAUUGAGUGAUUUACUUGGAGAAGAUGGUCCAGAAAUUCUAGCCGAGCAGCAGACUUUGCAGGAGAAACUCGAGGGACUCAAGACCCAUCGCGAUGAAAUGAAGAAUUUGAUAGUGGAAUUGCAUGAGGUGAAUCGAGUGGCCGAAAAAAGAGCCACUGAACAACUGGCACAGGAGACAAAGGAGGAUCAACCAUCGGGAAGUGGUCAGAGGGACGUCCCGGCCAGAGUUGUCCCUGUUGAGUACUCAAGGGUUGUUCCAAUUGAGUUAGUGGGUGCGCAAAAGAAGAACAAGAAGCAAACUCCGCCACCGCAAGUCAGUCACACGAAUGGAGUUUCCCCGAUGUCGAAUGGAGUGGGUCAGGGCUCCGACGAUGAAGAUGAAGAAAAUGAUCCCGAGACGUCGGCAUUGAUAAACCAAAAAAUGUCCGACAUUCAAGCUAUGAAGGCGCAACUAAAUCGACUCAAGUCCAUGAUGGAGACCGUUAAGCUUAUCGAGGAGCGCAGUGAGGGUCCCGACCCCAAGGAAAUCGGUGGUGGAAGACGUGCUGUUGAUAUACCUGUUCAGCGGGAGUCCACACCGAAAAUCACCAACACUCAACCACGAGCCGUUGGUGCGGCAGUGCCAUUCGACAAGGAUCGCACUCCCGUCCAGGAAGACUUCAACGAAGAACCAGAAGACCCUGUGAUUACAGAGAAAAUCCAUAUGCUCAACGAAGUCACUAGAGAUCUUCGUUCUCAGGCUAUGAGUUUGGCCAGCGAAAGAGAUCGCAUCAGGGCUUUGAAGGAGGAGAUCAUCAGGCGAAAGGCAGAGAGCGCAGCUUUGAAUCGACGCCAACAAUUGACAGUAGACAACGAUGACGAUGAUAAGAAUUCGAAUCGCGAAAGCGUGAGCCCCUCUAAGCUCUCGAACAAGGAUACCCGCCGUGAUUUGCUGGAAGCUCAAUACGAGGAAAAGAAAAAGGAGUUCCAAGAGAUUUGCGCUCGCAUUCAAAGUGAGGAGGACAAAUCUGCAGCCGCUUCAUCAAAUCUGCAAUCUCGCGAAAACGAGAACGAAAUCGAAGAGGAAGAAGAGGAGGAGGAAGAAGAAGAAGAUUUAAACGCCAACGAUUUGCUGAGCCAAGCUCAGGGGCCUCCAAAACCUGAUAUCGGGUUCUACUACCCACAGUCGCAGGGUUUGUCGUGCAACUCAUCGCUGCAUGGGGCUGCCAAGCAACUUGGAAAGGAGUCUGCCGAUUCUGGGGCUGUAGAUGUCAAUGGGGUUCCGUCGUGUGAAGCUGGAAGCAUAAAGUCAGGAAGCUCCCGGAGUUUUAGCAUGCCACCUCCAAUGCGAGCCAUGAGCAAUCGGGAAGCUUCAUGGCAUUUCGGGCCACCGAACGCUCCAUCGGCAGCCGGCAGCUCGGGACCGGCACCACCACCGCUACCGACGUCCUGGAAUCCCUACUAUUUUUACAAUGCACCCUACAGUCCGCAUUUCGCCCCUCCCUCAGCAGGAGGUGUUAACUCGGAUUGCAUCUGCCAAGCCAGUUCAGGGGUAAUAGCCAAUGGGGCUGCCACACCAGCAGCAACUGUAAUGCAGUCCGAUCCAGUUCUCCUGCAGCAGUUCAUUCAGACCCAACAGAUGCUAAUCAACUCGGUUUGCCAAUGCAACCAGAUGCUGUGGCACCAACAGCGGGAGAUCGAUUCACUUAACAGCACAAUCCAUAUGCUUCAAGAACGUCUCCUCAGUCACACCAAUGGAACCGAUCUCGGCGCAAAUCAUCGCUCAGAAUCAGUUCCUCCAGCCGGUACAGUCCAAAACAACCUCUACCCAUCCCUUAACCGCGCCCAAUCCGAACAGCCACAUCCCUUCCCAUCACUCCAUCCCCACGCCCACCACCUUCCAACCAUCAUGAGCCAGACAAACAGCAGCUUCCAAAGGCGCAACUUGUGCAACAUCCAGCAACAACAACAGCAACAGCUCUCGAACUUCAACUACUCGGCCGAACAACAGUCCAGUGGCAGCAUGUAUCUGAAUAAUCUCUGUGCUCCAAUGCCUCCCAUGAAUGUUUUCAACAAUAUCAAUGGCGGCAACGGCGGUGCCGGUAUGAACAACAAUGCCGGAGCACCAAUUUUCAUGCAUCACCACAACAACACUCAACACUCGGCAGUGCACAAUAACAACUCGAAUUUGCUCAAUGCCGCCCAGCAGCAACAACAACAGCCCACACCAUCUGCAGCUGUUGCCGGCGGACAGAACUCAAAUGUAUCAAAUGGCGUAUCGAACCUAGCCGGGUCGGCUCUCAACAAUCAAGUUCCACCUGGCAAUCGAGCUAACAACUAUUGGGAUAAUUUUAGAAGUUACUCACGGCAGAACUUGCUUUCGUCAAAUUCCUGCAAAAGCAACGAGGAACAAAAUCAUAAUCAAAUCCAGCAACAACAACAACAUCAGCAGCCACCACCUUUGCUCCAACAGCAACAACCACAACCACCACAACAGCAACAACCCCAACAACAACAUCAACCCGAUCAACCAAAUCUUCCAAUUUUUACAAACUCAUUGAAUGUCGCCUAUCGCCCUGAUUCCAAUACAAACAACUUGAACCCCCCUGGAUACGACAAUAAAUAUCUGCAUACAUUCCGAAAUCGCAUCAAUGGGAAUUCGGCAGGGCUCCUGAAUGCCGCCCCGCCCAUUACAACAUCUGCCACCCAGACUCCGACCAACUACAGCAACAUGAUGAACAUUUCAAUAAACCAGCCAGAAGUUCCUCAAGUCCAAUCGCAGCCGCAUCCAAGUAACAUUUCUGCCUGGAAUGUGGUUGGAGUGAGCAAUGAUGUUUUUGAAUCAAACGAAUCGGCUCAGGACUUGCGUAAUAUGAAUCUCAACUUUGGCAACAACGAACCGAAUAAGGUUGCGGUCAAACCGUCUUCCUUGCGACGUCCACCCAUGAAUAGGAGACUGCGUCCCACUCAGUCGGGUCCAGCUGCUUUUGUUGAACAACAACAAGCUCAACAACCGGAACUGGGAGGAGAUCUUCUUAGUCCCGGACUGUUCUCUGGUGUUAUGCAUUCCUUAGACACGGCCAUGGAUGAUACCUCAGACGAGAUUAAGAGAAACUUGCUGGUGAAUGCUCUGAAAAGCGAGAAGUUUACUACGAAAUUCUAUGAGUCACUGAAAGAAGAUGUCUUUCGGAGGAUCGAGACUCUGCUAAGAGCCAAGGAUGGAGAGCAACAAUUUCUGGCACAACUCUAUCGUGACUAUAACAUCGCAUCGACAAGAGAUCCCUUGCGGAAGUUGUAUCUCAACGAAGUGAGAAGCCUGAGCAGGCCAACAGAGGAUCUGAAUGAGACCGAGAGCAAUAAUGGGGAGAACGAAGACGAUGAUGAGGAUGAAGACGAUGAAGAGGGUGCCCAAGCACUCGAUAAUCAUAACAUUUUGAAUAACAACAACAAUGAGGCUCAAAAUGCUCUGGGACUCAAUGCGAAAGACAUGAAAUUGUUGGCUGAUAAGUUUGUUUCGAGUUCAACUGCCGGACCAAGCACUUCCACAGAUCAGACUGUCCAGUGUCCAGACUAUGAACUAAUCCACUACAUUAUAGCUCGGAUUCAUGAGGACACUCAACCUAGUUCGGUUAUCAAUGAUGCCCUGCUGGUGGAUAUAGCAAAACUAACGGCUACUGCCAUACAGAACUACGCUAUAGUUAAGUGUCGUCAUAAGGAGAUCAUCGAAGCCCGGCUACACAUAUCACCCAAGAAGAUCUAUACCAAGCUUAAGGGCAAAUCAUUUCCUCGCGAUCGAGAUGGAUUUCUGAUGUGGUAUCAGCGUUAUUUGGAAACUAUGCUAUUUGUCACUCUGAAGCGAGACGAUGACGAAGAUCCCCGUCCCUCACGAGAGAACAACAAUCACAACAAAGAGAAUGCCAAUCAGAAUAUCGCCCCAGGCUCGAUGUCCUGGAUGGAUAUUCAGAAUAUUUACAUAAAUGCCCAUCAGGCUCGAAAGUCUAACAUUCCAUUGCGUCCUGCCGAAGCGUCAACUGCUGCCUCUGAAGUGGAGAACAAGAUUGAAAAUAACUCCUCAUUCAGACAGCAACACCAACGACCAUCACAAAUGAGCCCCAGAGCCCCACACAUCCCAGGACAGCAUCAUUUGGUGCAGAUUUCUACACCCAUAGCUCCUAAUAAUAUCAUGAACGAAGAUCUCGCCGAAGCCGAUCAGAUAUGCUCGUCCAGCAGCAACACGAUGCAGGGUUUUGUCGAAGCUCAUGCCGAUGAUAGUUUCAUUCUUGGCGGUGGACCGUCAGCGUCCUCGUCGUUGGUUGUGGAAUCCCUGCCACCGGCAUCGCCCGAUAACGCUGAAGGUCAGCUCAUUUCCAUUCCUCUUGAACCCACUAAUCCACAACCGAAUCAAAAUUUCUUGAAUUUCUUCCUCGACGAGACCGAAAAUAAUGAGAAUCCAGACGACGACGAAAAUCGGCACCACCUGAGUAUUGAUCUGGCGGUGGCGGUCGUCGACAGUGAUAAUGCCGAAGAAGAUGGCGAUGGACAGAAUCAACGACCAGAGUCGAGUUUGCAUGGGGCUUUUGGUACGGAUCCUCUAGCAAUCACAACAACAACAAGCGGAGGAGGCACUGGGAAACGAAAUAGUGUCCCAUAGUUAGGCUGGUCGAUAAAUUCUUCGGUUACAGUUGCUAAACGUCGUCUAAUGUCGACGUUUGCGUUUAUAUUUCUUACAAUUUGGCGAGCUUCGAAGAGACUCUUUUGGAUGGUGAAAUUUUUAAAGCGUUGACAAAUUAAAAGGCAAAUUAUAAACUCCCCCCCUGAUUCCUUUAAAGGACUGAACCUUUCUUCAACAAGAAAGAAAAAAUAAAUCCUUCAUACUGAUUUUAAAACGUUCUUAUUGCAAAAUAAACCAAAACUACCAAAUCAUUUAUGUUCAGUGUGGUUUAAUUUUAUCAAAAUUUACGAUAUUUAAAUUCUUUAUUAUAAAAUAAUUAAAUACAGAUAUUUAAUGUAUGACUGUUUGUGUAUUAUGUAUGUGAAAUUAUAUGAAUAUUAUUAUUGUAACAAUAAACACCCUAAACCUAUAACUAA